UCUUUGCUCUCAUAAGCUCCUCCCUGGUGUCUGGGAUGUAAACACAGCUGAGAGAGCUGAGCUGAGAGACACUCUUGUGCUCUUUGACAGCUGGACCAGACAGACACCAGAGAGUCCAAGUAACACAACUAGCAAAAACGUUUAAUUGCAUAGGUGGCAAAAUGGCCGGCAGACAGUCUAUCACAGAGGAGGAUUUCUACUGCCCCAUCUGCUGCGACAUCUUCAGGGAUCCCGUUCUCCUACCCUGCUCUCACAGCAUCUGUAACGGCUGCGUGAAAACCUUCUGGAACCGCAGAGGAAUUCAAGAGUGUCCCAUCUGCAGGAACGUGUCGUCCAGCCCCAACCCACCUAUAAACAUAGUGCUGAGAAACAUGUGUGAUCUGAUGAGAGAUGACACCGCUCAGGAGCCUCCCGCGGAGACUGUGGGUUUCUGUGGUCUUCAUGGAGAACCUCUUUCUUUCUUCUGCACCGAAGAUCAAGAACUAGCUUGUGGGAAAUGCAGAAGCGCCAAAUCCCACAAGAACCACCGCAUCCGUUCAACCGCAGACGCGUCGCAGGACCUCAGGCAACAGCUACAGCUGAAACUAACGGCCUUUCUGGAGAAACUCAGAGACUAUGAACGCAUUAAACAGUCCUGGGAUGAAACAGCUGAGUAUAUUAAGAAACAGAGCCAACACACUGAGAAAAAAAUGAAGGAGGCGUUUGAAAAGCUUCACCAGUUUCUGGAAAAUGAAGAGGCAGCCAGGAUGACGGCACUGAAGAAAGAAGAAGAGCAGAAGAGUGAGAUCAUUAAAAAGAAGAUUGAGGAGAUUGGGUCGGGGAUGUUAUCUCUCUCACGCAUUAUUGAGUCCAUCGAACAACAACUGAGAAGGAAUGAUUUCACAUUUCUUGUGAACUUCAAGGCUACGAUUGAAAGAACAAAGUGUACAAUGCGUGAUCAGACCAGACCUUCAGGAAUGCUCAUCAAUGUGGCAAAACAUGUGGGUAACAUUACCUUUGAAGUAUCCAAGAAACUACAAGCCAGCGUCCGAUACACCCCAGUAACCUUUGACCCCAACACCGCCCAUCCUUAUGUGCUUGUGUCGGAUGAUCUGACCACUAUAACUUACACUGACGAGAACUUCCUACAGCUUCCAGCAAACCCAGAGAGAUUUGACGGCUACACGAGCAUUCUGGGCUCUGAGGGCUUUAACUCGGGGACUCACUGCUGGGACGUGGAGGUGGGCGACAGCACAGCCUGGGCCGUGGGAGUGAUCUCAGAGUCCGCAUACAAACACAGACAGAGCACCUCCAAAACGGGCCUGUGGUAUGUGGGCUUCUGCAACGGUAAAUACGGGAAGGGCUGUUCUCCGGAGAUCCUCACCCUUCUGCGAGUCAACCAGAGAAUUCAGAAGAUCAGGGUGCAGCUGGACUGGGCCAAGGGCAAAGUCACGUUCACAGACUCGGGUCGUAACAUCGGUCUGCAUGCGUUUAAACACGCGUUCAAUGAGAGAGUGUUCCCUUACUUUUACAGCCACUGUAUGAAACAUCCGAUGAGAAUCAUGCCCGUGAAGACAACUGUGGAAGCACACGCUUAGAGCCAACACUGCUUUUAAACCGGCUUUUAAACUGCUUUUAAACUGGGUAAGGGUAUUUUAUUGAGAUAGAACGACAGAAAGGCUCACUAUAUGUUUUAAGGCAUGAACUGGGAAAAAAUGUUUUAUAGAAGGAUCAAAAAUGUGAUGAUGUGAUAAUUUGCUAUACUACGUUGUCGAUGUAAAUAUUGUUCAUGAUUUGUCUCUUUUGCUUUGAUUUUAACUUUUUUUUUUAGUAUUUUUAGAUGCUGUGUAACUGAAGUGACAAUAAUAAAGU